AAACUGCAAUCGACACGAAGCCAUAAAAGUCUCUCUUCAAACCGCCGCCGCUAGGGCUCCAGCUCCGCCUCUGCUCACCGCCGACCUCAGCCCAACGCCACCUCCACCGACCACCGGCACUCUACCUCACUCCGGCGCCGCCAUCGAGCUCAGGCGGCCGCUUUCUGCAGUGCCCCUGCUCCUGCUGCUCACCCGCCUCGCAGCCUCUGUCGCCUCCCCUCCGUCGCGGCAUCUGUACUCCCGGGCCUCCUCUUCUCCUCCAAGUCUGCGGCAUCCGGCACUGGCUUCGACGAGGAGCCAAAGGAUGCAGUGCUUGGGUUUGCCGUUUCUAUCUCAGCUUUGAACUCGAUCAAAGUGGUAUACUCCGUUGUGCAUGACUACAUUGGUUCGGCUCGCCGGAAGAGCAGCUUAUUGGAGGAGGAGUGGAAAAUCGGCGGCUCCGGGUGGCCUUGGCUUGUUUACACAGCGUCAGAGAGCGUUUCAGGGUGUAAGAAUGGAGAAUUGGAGCGGCAAGAGCGGGCGUGGUGCUCUGGUGGUCUUGGAAGGGCUUGACCGGAGUGGAAAAUCGUCUCAGUGUGCUCGGCUGCUCUCCUUCCUGGAAAGCAAAGGUUGCCAAGCUGAAGGGUGGCGGUUCCCUGAUAGAGGCACUAGUGUUGGGCAGAUGAUAUCUGCAUACCUCGCAAAUGAGUCACAGCUUGAUGAUAGGACGAUUCACCUGCUUUUCAGCGCAAAUCGCUGGGAGAAAAGAGAUUUGAUGGAAAGCAAGCUACUCAGUGGAACUACUCUCAUCGUUGACCGCUAUUCUUAUUCUGGAGUGGCAUUUUCAGCUGCCAAGGGACUUGACCUUGAGUGGUGCAAGGCUCCAGAAGUUGGACUUUUAGCUCCAGAUCUUGUAAUAUAUCUGGAUGUACAACCAGAGAAAGCGGCUGAAAGAGGAGGCUAUGGGGGUGAGCGAUAUGAAAAGAUUGAGUUCCAAAAGAGGGUUGCAGAGCAUUACCAUUCACUGCAUGAUUCAACAUGGAAGGUUGUCGACGGUUCCCUUCCCAUGGAGACUGUUGAAGAACAGCUGAGAGAACUUGCUACGAGCUGCAUUCAGGAAUGCCAAGGGAAGCCACUUGCCAAUCUGGCUUGGUGAAGUGGCACCGUCCCUCGAAGAAAUGGCUGAUGAUACAUCUGCAAUAUCUUGCACUUGUGUGAUCCACCGUUUGCUCGAGAUGAGAAUUAGGCAUCUGACAGCACUUUCUUUUGCCAUUUGCAAUAUCCCGGUCCAUUGUGCAGUACAUUGCUACAUUCAGUUGGUGUUUUCAGGGAGCAUUUUUUUUUCGAGCUGUAUUUCUCAGAGAGUUUAUCUGCUGGUGUUCUGAUUUUAUUGUAAUUUGAAACAUGUGAGGCUACAAAACACUCGAAACUUCUCAGU